UCCAAUGGAUACAGCAUGUUCAAUGUUUAAAUUUCAGAAACCAAACACAUGUUUAUGUACAUCAUAUUUUAAAUUGUUACCUGAUGUUUUCAUCGAUAUUAUUUCGAAGUAGAAUAAAUAAUUUUAAUAUAAUCAAUCAUAGAUGGAUUCACAAAAGAAAAAAAAUCUGGUCUAUGACUAUGACUGAGUUCCUCAAAGACUCUGAUGAAUUGCCUGUCUACCAAUAUACUACCAAAGAUUCAUCAAAACUUCAUGACAAGAUUUAUGUUUGGGGAUUCGGUCAUACUGGUGCUCUUGGGCUAGUGAAUUUCUCAAGAAAGGGUAAAAGUGGCAUUUGUUCAACGCCGCGUAAAGUGGGUGCUUUCUUUACAAGCAAAGUGAAAGAUGUUGCCUGUGGUCAUGGAUUUACUGUUUUUGCUGCAGACUCAACAUCAGUGGAAACUCAACUAUUCGGUACAGGUGUAAAUACAGACCAUCAGCUAGGUUAUCAUCGAAUAGCGGAAGGGGAAUUAACUGUGCUGACAAGGCCAGUCGCUAUUUAUUUUCCACAAAAUAUUAAAUCUCCAAAAAUCAAGCAAGUUGCUUGCGGUAGGGCCCAUACCAUCAUUUUGACAACUGAUAACACCCUAUAUAGUCUUGGUAACAAUUCAUUUGGACAAUGUGGUGUGCCUAUUCUUGAGAAAAAACCCAAGUUAGAUUAUACUCUUAUAAAUGAAAUCCAUGGAGUUCCCGGUAUUGUCGAAAAGGUUGUAUGUGGCCAAGAUCAUACUCUUUUCUUAUUGCAAUCUGGGGAAGUCUACGCUUGUGGAUGGAGUGCUGACGGUCAAACAGGUUUAGGAUAUCGAAACGUCUCGAUUCCCACCAAAGUUUGUGGAGAUAUUGAUGGUGAAAAGAUAGUUGAUAUUUCAAGUUUUUCUGAUGGAGUGUUGGCUUGUAAUGACAAGGGUGAUGUUUUCUGUUGGGGAAAUUCAGAAUAUGCUCAAUUUGGCCUUAUAAGUGAUAAUUAUCAAGUUGAUAUCCCGAAAAGAUUACCUUUAUCAGUUGGAAAAGUGAAGAAAGUUGCUUCAGGAGGAAGCAUAUGCGGCUUAGUUAAUGAUAAAGGACAAGUAUAUGUCUGGGGCUAUGGAAUCUUAGGACAGGGACCAAACGUUCAGCAAUCAUCAAAGCCUCUCCUUUUACCAGAACCUCUUUUUGGUUGCAAUGAUGUUAAUCCUGACGUAGAAGUUGUUUCGAUUUAUGCUGGAUUCAGUCGAUGGGCAGCAGUCAAUAGCAAAGGUGAUCUCUUUUGUUGGGGGAAAAAUCGACUCGGCUGUCUAGGCUUCAAAGAUCAAGCGGAUCGUUACUUUCCUAUGAGAGUGAACCUUCCUGUAAAUGUAACCAAAGUUAGCCUAGGAGCUGAUCACACUGCUAUUAUUGGUAGAAGUGUUGUUUGAUUAUUUGUCACAACACCAAGUGUUGGACGUUCUUCUUAGUUUAUCCUUUUACUAAUUUAAGAUUGGUCACAGUUUUCAGGCAAUCUUAUUUCUGUGUACAUUAAUUGUGUUAAUAUUUGUAUAUGAAAAAAUAUGUUAUUUAAUUCAUUUUUGAUUGUACCUCAAAAUCACGUUAACCUUGAUAUUCUUCAACAACCUUCAAUCUUUUUCGAGUCUGUAUGGGCCCUAAAAUUUUGAGCCACUUUAAUUAUUGUGCCUUAACUUAUUCAAAUGAAAAUCAAAAAAUAAUAUCUA